AUGCACAGGACAGACUUCAAAAGAGGUGUCCGCUGCCUACAGGAGGCCUCAGAGAAGGGAUUUGCGGUUGCUGACACUGACUUGGGAACCCUGUACGCGGAGGGCCAGUACGGUGUGCCACAAGACUACACCCUGGCCAAUUACCAUCUCCAACGCGGGGCGGAGGGCGGUGACAGCCGAGCUCAUUUUCAGCUGGGCGUCUUCAAGCUGAGGGGGAAGAAUGGUUUCCCACUGGACAAGCGCGCCGCUGCCAGACAUUUCAAAAUUGCCGGCGAGGCAGGAUGUCAACCAGCGCUCAGAAACUUGUCGCGGAUGUUCGCGACGGGCGAUGGAAUUCCUCAAGAUGCCCGAAUGGCGGUGCAGUGCCUAGUGCGGGCUACUGAAAGGAGUGACACGAUGCAGGAGCUCCUGGAGAAGAUGCGGUCUGGCACACUCGACAGGGAGACAGCGGACAAGCUACAGGAACAGAUGGAGAGGCUCAGGCAGAAGCUGGCAUCUGACCCGGACUUCAACCCAGGGGCUGACUUUGCCGGCAUGUAG